UCAAUAAUAUUUUCAAACUUUCGAUCUCGAGCUCUGCCACGCACGCGAUCGUGAUGUGGCGUGGGCACUCGUCGUCUUAUCGGCGAUGAUGGGCACCCGCCGCCGGCACAUUGCUACACACUCAAACCACUCACUACACGGACACUUUCUACGACGUCAAUAACGACUUGCCUGUUGGGAGAGUCAGACUUCGUAAUCCACGCUGAUGUUGUUCUCGCAAAUCAUUGACCUGCUUCAUGGGCCAUGUUAAGUCUUACUCGCAUGUGUGUGUUGAAUCCGUCCGCUAUGGAGAAGUAACGGAAAAUAUGCUUGCUGUGCCUACUUCGAUGGCCGAGUUGCUGUCGAGUCUUCAAAAUCGACAUGGAGUAUGACAAUCAGGGUCAAAGUUCCAAAACAGUCGCAGUCGUUCAUCCUUUGUUGUGGACGAUAACAUGCCAGCAUUCCCAUGGGAUUCGUGGGCGAUUCAUCUUGGUGUUCAAGUCUGGUACGGGAAUGCCCUUGGUGAUACGGAGGUCGUUGAAAUCGAAGUUACGUCGGGACAACUCAUGCUCAUCCCCAUUACUAUUUCGGAUGUUGACUAUUGGGUGAUGAUAGCGCACAAUCAUAAAUGGAUGUGGAUGUCAAUCUCGAGCUUGCCGAAGUUGAAUAGUACAGCAUUGGAAAUACUCAUCGGACGUGUGACGGACUGCAUUCUGUGCAAAGGUAAGUGCAUAUAUCGACGAAAGCCCUUGCGUGAACUUACAUUCAACACAAUGUCGUAUAUCGCUUUAGUUGCUUUGUCAACAGGCUUGACUGUUAGUAGCGCAGUUCCUGUUCCAUUUGAGGUGGGUUUAUUUUCUCCAAGAAGUACGCUGCAUUUAUGCUUGAUGUGGAGUACACAUCCCUUUAUUCAUUGAAAGGCAUCGUUUUUACAAGAGGAUAUAAAAGUCUCUUUUCUUUCAAAGGGGUGAAAACGUUGCUCAAAAGUAGUGGUGGCUAAGUGACGCGCACUGUAAAUCAAGCAAGCAAUGCCACUGCAUCGAAUACCUUGAAAUUAGAGCAUCUAUACUGAGACUCAUCUACAACACCACGGUACCAAAUGAUUAGAUUGCCA